CGCAAUGGAGAUGCCUGAGGAAUACGUCAAAGCAAAUGCCAUGCCACGUCGCGAUGUCCUGGACAUUAUCGAGGAAUUUAGUUCUGAACUAUCGCAGAUACAAGAUAAAUGUAUCGAUAUAGGAUCCGGUCCUGGUGACAUUACCAAGGAUUUGUUAUUGCCUUUAUUGCCGCACGACGUCGAGGUAUGUACCUCAUAUUUUACAGGCGCGGACAUAUCACAAGCGAUGGUAAAUUACGCCCGUAAGAAUAACAGUAAUGAACGACUAUCCUACAUCGUCUUGGAUAUCGAAGGAAAAAUGCCAAAUGAGCAAAUCGGACAAUAUGACUAUGCUAUGUCCUUUUAUUGUCUGCAUUGGCCUUACGAUUUAAGUCGUGCUUUCGAAAAUAUAUUCAAAUUGUUACGUCCGAAUGAAAAAGCGCUUGUGAUGUUUCUUGGUUCUCAUUGCUUAUUCGAGGCGAACGUACGUCUUAGCCAGAAUCCAAGAUAUGAAUUUUAUCUUCAGGAUGCGCAUCGUUACGUGUCAUAUUUCCAAAGAAAGAUGUGCAAAAAUAUGCGAGCCAGUUUGCGAAAAAUGUUGGAAGAUAUCGGCUUUGAAAUCUUACAUUGCAGCAAAAGAGAAAAAAGUUCACAAUACAACAAUCAGCAAAGUUUAAAAAAUCAAAUAUUACCCGUUAAUCCUUUUUUAACUCGAAUGCCAGAUGAUAUAAAAGGUGAAUUCAUGGACAAUCUGAUAAGCGAAAUAUUGAGCCAGGACACAGUUUCGACACCGUUUGAAAGCAAAAACAACGAAUUAAUAUUAAAAUACUAUCUCCUAAUAGCGCAUGUAAAAAAACCGCAAUCAGCCACUUAAGUGCGAAAAAUAUAUCUCUAUAUAGAAGGUG